AUUUUGCAUUAAUCUUGUUUAUUGAAAAUUUCAUAGUGAAAAAUCAGAAAAGAACAUAAUCAGUAUGGUUAAAAUUAUGUAUCAAGGCUAUUUCUUUCUUCUCUUCCUCUCCAUGAGUUUUGUGAUCCAAGUUGCCCAUGGUGGUGGUGAAGGCUCACUAACACCAGAAGAAUGUGGGGAUGCAUGUGAUUUUCGUUGUUCAGACACACAAUACAGGAAGGCAUGCUUAACUUAUUGCAACCUGUGCUGCCAAAAAUGCUUAUGUGUGCCAUCAGGAACCUAUGGUCACAAGGAGGAAUGUCCAUGCUAUAACGACUGGAAAACCAAAAGAGGAGGCCCCAAAUGCCCCUAAUUCAAUAAUCCCUGGCCCCCUAUUCUAUUAUUCUUCUUAAUUAUAGUUUUUUUUUAUUUAUUUACCUUUAAAUAAUCAUGCGAAUGCAUGUUAGCACUUAGCAUAUUGGCAUAGGGAAGAAAGCUACAAAUAUCAAUAAUAAUAUAUAAAUUUUUUCAUAUAGAAAUGUGAAAAUAUAUCAUGUACGUAAGUAAU